AUGCCGUCGCCUCCACCGCACAGUCCAGUCACAACAAAACCAACAACCGCAACAACGUCAGCAGCGACUGCACCGACCGCGGCGAUAUCUCAGUUUGUUCCUAGACCAACCACCACAACUCAAACCUUCCUGCCAGAAUUCUGGAGUCACAUCAUCCGAAAUGCCGAAGAAUAUCAGUCUGACUUCAAGGAUGGUCAACUGCCCCUGGCACGGAUCAAGAAGCUAGUCAAAUCUGAUCCCGAUAUCAAAAUGAUCGCCAAUGAGGUCACGGUCUUGUUGGAUAAAGCAUGUGAAAUUUUUAUCAACGAGAUCACCGUUCGCGCCUUUUUGGUAGCCAAUUCGCUGAAUCGAAGAACGGUUAAUACAUCAGAUGUUGCGAUGGCCAUCAGUCAAAGUGAUAUGUUUGAUUUUUUGAUUGAUAUCGUUCCAACUGAACAACUUCCACCCGAAGGGGAUUCAGCAGCCAAUUUGCCACCAUGUUCGUCGUCCUUCACAUCACCCACAACAGCGACUAAAAACCCUACGGCAACUAGAAAAAGACGAGCAACUGUGCCAGAAAUUCCAGAGGAUGCAAACCAAACGGAACCAAUAGUUUCAACCCCACUGCCAUCAGUACCUCCACCGUUGCCCCCCAAGAAAAAGUCGAAAAGCAACAGAGUAAAUAGAAACUUGUUACCUGAAGAAGUCGCGGUACCAAUACCAGAUACAGAAUUAAUCAAGAAGGAGCAAUCACCCGAGAUUCCUCCUCCAAGACCCCCGAAUGGAAGAUCACUAGCUAUACCAAUUCCAGAUUCUGAGUCGAUCCCUCCAAGAACAUCAGACCGAACUUGGGAAUUGGCGGUUCCGAUCACAUCCAAUGAUCAACAACCUUCAAAUCUGCCAUCGACUUCCGCAAAGACCUGGGAGAUGGCUGUACCGAUCUCAGAUUCAUCAUCACAUCGGACGAGGUCUCGAAAUUGGGAGAUGGCAGUUCCGAUCCCUAACGAUCUGAGUCGACCGUCGCACCCUCCAAUCAACAAAGGGAAAAGAAACUGGGACUUGGCUAUGCCGAUCGUGGAUGAAACUCGAGAAGAUUCCCGACAUACCGGUCUCGCAAAGACGCCGCCAGUCUCAAAAAGAGAUUCGCUGCAGUCUCCUGGACUUGUCUAUGAUGAUAAUCAGAGCUCAUCGAACCAUGGGAUGGUGGCCAACGAUCAAAGAAAUUGGGAUCUUGCAGUGCCCAUCGUCGAUCAUCAGCCCGGUCCAAGCCGGCAAGAAGGCCAGAUGAUGCCGGCAAUCCCUAAUUCAAAUCAGUCUGCCGGGCUGGCGACAGUUCCGAUAGAUCCUGCGCUCUUCGAUAUGGCACCUUCCGUGAAACUCACUUCAGACUUGAUCAAUCCACAUCUUCUACCUUAUCGUGAUGACCUUCCAAAUAUCCCGAUCAAACAAGAAGAAUAA